AAAUUAAUGUCUUUAGUCUGUGUUCUAAUAUAUUGGUGCAAACACUUUGCUGUUUAAAAUGAAAUUAAAAAAAUAUCUAACAACUAAAGUAUUCAUCUUAAUAGUUGUAAAUUUGUUUAAUUUUGCAAACUCUUCACAAAUUCUUACGAAUAAUGAUUUUGCUCCAGAGGAAGGUGCAGAUUUAGAGCUUGAUGAUCCCUGGUUACGUGCCCAAAAAUAUGAACAAAAUGUUCUUGUCAUGGAAGAGAAAAUAAAAUAUUUGUCCGAAACUUUUGAUCAAUUAGAACUGAAAAUGCACACCCUUAUUAAAGAUAACAUGGAAUUAUUAGAAAAAAAUCUACAACAAAUUAUAGAUGAAAAAAUAACAAAUAUAAAUCAGGUGGCAGAAGAAAAAAUGAAAAUUAUCAACAAUGCCAAACUAACUUAUAAUGUUAACGAAGUCAAAUGUUCCAACAAUCGUUUACCCAAAAGUUGCCAAGAUCUAAACGAAUGCAAUAGUAAUAUCUAUAGUAUAAUGGUACCAGAUAUCAGCAAUAAACCUUUGCCGGCUGUAUGUGAUUUAAAAACUUUCGAUGGUGGUUGGACCGUUAUACAGCGGCGACAAGAUGGUUCUGAAAAUUUCUUUAGAAAUUGGACAGAUUACGUAGAAGGAUUCGGCAAUUUAAAUGGUGAAUUCUUUAUAGGUUUAGAAAAGCUUUAUGCUCUUACCUCAUUGGAUGAACCCCAAGAAUUAUACAUUACUUUGGAAGAUUUUGAUGGACAAGAAAGAUAUGCUAAGUAUGGCCUAUUUAAAGUUGACUCAAAUAGUACGGAUUACAUACUAACGGUGGGUAAAUACUCCGGAAAUGCUGGUGAUUGUUUAAGUCAACAUAAUGGUUAUAAAUUUUCAACCCAAGAUCGUGAUAAUGAUGCAGAAGAAAAUAAAAAUUGUGCCGAUCACUGGAAGGGAGCAUGGUGGUAUAAUAAUUGUUUUUAUAGCAACCUAAAUGGUUUGUAUUUGGGUGGCAAAACACCUCCCUCAAAGAGAGGCAUAUCCUGGUGUAAAUUUCGAAAGUAUGAGUAUUCACUUAAGUCGGUAAAAAUGAUGAUACGAUCAAAGAGAAAUUGACUAUUUGAAUCAAGGUUUUGGGAUGUUAUAUUGAAUACAAACUAUUUUACAAAAGUUAAUCCAUAAGAAUUUUAUUUAAGGUAACUAAUAUAGCGAAAUAAUAACUUUAGAUAUUGAAAUUCAUAAAAUUUUAAAAACAGGGUCUAUUAUAGGAAGUACUAAAAUAUUUAUUAAUUUGAUAUGAAGCUUUUUUAGGAAUACCAUGUAUGAUAAAAUGUAAUGAACUGUAUACUAUAAGUAUCGUUAAAAAUUGUUGUAAUAUGAAUUUUUCUAUAAAAUAUAAAACUUAAAUUGGAAGAGUCCAAACUUUAAAAA